CUUUACAGUGAUUUACAAUGAGAGACAUAAACGAUUAAUUAUUCAGGAAAAUUAUGAAUUCAUUACGUAAGGUUACUCUGUGAUCACGGAGAAAUGCCAUCUGUGAAAGGGUGCUGGUCUCUGGAGCGGAAGUUGUAAAUAAUGGUGAAAGGGUGCUGGUCUCUGGAGCGGAAGUUGUGAAUAAUGGUGAAAGGGUGCUGGUCUCUGGAGCGGAAGUUGUAAAUAAUGGGAAAGCAAUUGUAGAGAGAUGUGGAAAGGACCCUGUUUCCAGGAAAGGCAUUAUGUUAACUGGAAAGGUUUACCGUUCUAUCGGAGUCGUUUUAGCUUUUGGUGGGAUAUUGUACCUUUUUAUGGCAACACGAAUUAACAACGGGGCCGAUGUGUCAGAUGUUGUUUUGUUUCAACCGGUGCCCACAGACCUGAGCGGAGAAAAACCCGUUUCAUAUAAAUCACACCAUCUACACCUUACUUCCAAAAAUGAUGCAUCUUUGAUAAAACCAGGAGUUAAAAACGUUGAUAUAAACAACACGUCGUCAUUUGUUGAUAUUCAACAAAACCAUUCAAACAAUAAUCUAUACAACAUAACUAUAAAGGACAAAACGAGUGUCAUUAAUGUUCACAAAGUGAUCAAAAUGACGAGAACUGAACCAAACGUGACCGCGGCAAUAUCACCAAGCCUUAGUCACAGCUCUGUAGAUUCCAACCAUAUUGAUAAAAUACCAACCGUUCUUAGCGAUAAGAAAGUAAUUAUAAUUAUUGCUUACAUGAGAACUGGGUCAACAUUGACUGCAUCUCUUUUACAAGAACACCCGAACACUUUCUAUGUUUUUGAACCUAUACGUAGUGUAAAUACCAAGUUCAAAGAAGCUAAGAAAAAGAACUUGACAAGUACUUUAUUACAUUACGUUCAUGGAAUAGAAAGGAAUUACACAUUUUCAAAGAAAUCACAAGUAAUGUUAGAUGAAAUUAACAGUUGGCUGACAUGCAAACUAGAUUCUAUAAGCAAAGAAAGUCUAGGCGAUGAUUUCCAUAGACAUUACACCAAAAUUAUGAAGCUAUUUUAUUACUGUAGCCAUGGUGUUAUGGCUAGUCUAAGUACUUCAAAGAAAUUAGCGAUGCAUAGUAGACUUCAUCCGCGAUUGCGGCAAUAUUAUGAAAAAACAAAAAGCAUGGACUCGUGUCUGAGAAGAGCAAUAGAUUCUUGCCAGAAAUCUACAACUAGGUUGCUGAAGCUUAUUCGGUUACGCAUGAAAGAGAUAGAGAAAAUAUUACCAUUGUAUCCAAAUAUGAAAGUUAUUCAUCUUGUCCGAGAUCCGAGAGGUAUUAUUAACUCUAGAGUGAAAGUACAUGCUUUAAAGCCGAGUAUCUAUGAAGAAAAUAUAAAUGAACUUUGUGAUGCACUUAAAGAGGACCUUAAAUACUCCAAAAGAAUUUUACAGCAUUAUCCAGAUAGACUAAAGGUUGUUCAUUAUGAAGACAUGGCUGAACAUCCGAUGGAAACAGCAAAAUCUCUUAUAGAUUUUGCAGGACUACAGUUUACUAAACAUAUGCAAGACUUUUUGCUAAAACAAACGCAUUCAGCACGUGAUUCAUGUCCAUAUUGCACACAAAGACGAGAUUCAAAUGCAACAGCUCAUAAAUGGCGGACUCAACUUGAUCUAAAAAAUGCAAGUUAUAUUUAUGACAAGUGCAGAUACAGUAGUGGAGUUUUAGGAUAUUUACCAUUGUCAACUGUUAGUUCUCUGCGAAAUAUAGAAAUUGCCUCUAGGCAACCUUUUGAUGUGAAUAAACUUUUACUCAAUGAAAACUUCUGACAAUACCAGUUCGUACAGUAUUGCAA